UAAUCUGACUGCACAGAUUGGAUGCACAGGCUGCGCGUGGUGCGUCAGCAUCCUUCCGGUUGACCCAGCUUCAGUCACAUCGUCAAAGCGGCAGGGCUCACAGGGCUCGCGCAGCUCGGGAUGCACGGAGCGCGUGUGUAGGGGAAAUGGCGCGGCUGUGCGCGGGAUGGCGCCGCUGGCUCCGGCCGCUCGUCGUGACGGUGUACGCGCUGCUCGUGGCCGUGGCUUUACCGCUGGCUGUGUGGCAGCUCCAGAAAGCCGAGGCUGGAACACACACUAAGGCGUGGUUCAUCGCGGGUGUGUUUGUGUUUUUAACCAUUCCCAUCUCUCUAUGGGGCAUUCUGCAGCAUCUUGUGCACUACACACAACCUGAACUACAGAAGCCUAUCAUCAGAAUAUUAUGGAUGGUGCCAAUUUACAGCUUAGACAGCUGGAUUGCUCUGAAGUACCCCAGUAUAGCCAUCUAUGUGGACACGUGUCGCGAGUGCUAUGAGGCGUAUGUCAUCUAUAACUUCCUGAUGUUCCUGUUGAACUUCCUGGAGACGCAGUACCCGAACCUGGCGCUUAUUUUAGAGGCUCAGGAACAGCGCUCGCUUCUGCCCCCUUUGUGCUGCUGCCCACCAUGGGCCAUGGGAGAGGUUCUUCUGUUCAGGUGUAAACUGGGAGUUCUGCAGUACACCGUCGUCAGACCUGUUACUACUGUAAUAGCGCUUGUGUGUCAGUUGUUUGGAGUCUAUGAUGAGGGAAACUUCAGUUUCAGGAAUGCCUGGACUUACCUCGUCAUCGUCAACAAUGCCUCCCAGCUGUUUGCCAUGUACUGCCUGCUGCUGUUCUACCGCACUCUGAAGGAAGAGCUGAGCCCGUUAAAACCCGUCGGGAAAUUCCUCUGUGUCAAAAUGGUGGUGUUUGCCUCAUUUUGGCAGGCUGUGCUCAUCGCCUUUCUGGUGAAGGUUGGAGUCAUCUCUCAGAAGCGCACAUGGGAGUGGGAGAGUGUGGAGGCUGUAGCUACAGGGUUACAGGACUUUGUAAUUUGCAUAGAAAUGUUUGUGGCUGCCAUUGCACAUCACUACAGCUUCAGUUACCGUCCGUAUGUGCGUGAGGAUGAUGAAGGCUCCUGCUUUGACUCUUUCCUCGCCAUGCUGGACUUCUCCGAUAUACAAGCUGAUAUUUCUGAGCAGGUCCGCAAUGUGGGGCGCACAGUGCUCGGACGUCCCCGUAAGCUGUUCUUUGGCUCUGAAGUGGACAUCGUGCAGGGCGAGCACACUGGCCUCCUCUCAGGGGCAUCUCACGAGCGACUGGGCGUCGACCCCCUCUCUGUCCCCGCCUCCCCGAAGGGGCAGUACCAGGGCCUUGGCCAAACAGACACACCUCGCUCUCGCUCCGCCCCCACUGGCUUUAACCCCUCCUCCUGGAGGAGUGAGAGUUGUGUAGUUCCUGCAACUACCAAUCAGAACACAGGAGUUAAGUCAUAGUUGUAUUGUAUAGAUAAAACGCACAUCGGCAAACACACAACACAUACGUACACACACAUACACACACAGAGCAGAUGCUUAGCAUAUUUACAAGCUGAAAACACAAUCAACACAUACUAAAACAUGUCCUAAUGCCUAUGAGAUGAAAGCAAACUGUUCGUAUAAAGGUCGUAUUGCAAUCUGAGUGUUUUUGAAAUUAUAUCGUGACUUCCCGAUGUUCAAACAUCUGGUUUUGUAACUGCGUGCGCUGUAGUGCAGUGGUAUUUAAUAUGGUUUGCUUUGUAAAAGUUGAUGUUGAACUUAAGUGCACUGACCGUGUUAUAUUGUCUCUUAAGUAAAACGACAGGGUUGCAGUUUGUAUUUAUGAGCAAAGCUUUAAUAAAAAUGUAUUAUAAUAUUUCAA